ACAACUGUUUUCUGACCCUCAUGUUUGACAUGUUGAAGGUCUGCUUGCAGUGUGAUUGAAUGUUAAAGUUAUUUUAUCCACGAUGAAGCUUUAUAGGACUUUACAGAAUGCUGUGAAAUUCAGGUCGGCGUUUGAUUUCGGCGAGAGGGAAGUGGCGCAUUGGUUUCCUGGUCAUAUGGCAAAAGGACUCAAGCAGAUGAGAGCGAACCUGAAGAAUGUUGACUGCAUCAUAGAAAUCCACGACGCCAGAAUUCCGUUCUCUGGGAGGAACCCGCUCUUUCAGGAGUCGCUGGACGUGCGUCCGCACCUGUUGGUCCUGAACAAAGUGGACCUGGCCGACACCUCAAAUAAGCACAGCAUCGUGAAACGGCUGGAGGGAGACGGCAUCAGGAACGUUGUAUUCACUGAUUGUUUGAAGCAGCGGGAUGACCAUGUGAAAAAGAUAGUUCCUCAGGUGGUCGAGCUGAUCGAGAGUCGUCCACGUUUCCACAGAGAUGAGGAGAGGAGCUACUGUCUCAUGGUGAUCGGAGUUCCCAAUGUUGGAAAGUCCUCGUUCAUCAACGCCCUACGAAGAACCAACCUGAAGAAAGGGAAAGCGUCCAGAGUUGGUGCUGAGCCUGGCAUCACUAAAGCUGUCUUGACCAAAAUUCAGGUGUGUGAGCGUCCGGUGGUGCACCUGGUGGACACUCCAGGAGUCCAGCCGCCUCGCAUUGAGUGUGUGGAGACGGGGAUGAAGCUUGCACUGUGUGGCACCAUUCUUGACCACCUGGUUGGAGAGGAUGUGAUUGCGGACUACUUGCUGUUCACCCUCAACAGAUUAGAGAGGUUCAGCUAUGUGGAGAAGUAUGGCCUGGAGGAACCCUGUGACAGCAUUGAGCAGGUACUGAAGCGCAUCGCCAUCAAGCUGGGCAAGACGCAGAGAGUGAAGGCUAUCACCGGAGUGGGCAACAUCACCAUCACAGUCCCCAACUACACAGCCGCGGCUUACGACUUCAUCCGUGCCUUCAGGAAGGGCGAGCUGGGGAGGGUCAUGAUGGACUGACCCGCACGGGGCGACCUGGAAGCCAGAUGUGAUGACCUCAGAUGUGAUGACCUAUGACCUCAGAUGGGAUGACCUAUGACCUCAGAUGUGAUGACCUCAGAUAGGAUGACUCGGCCGAGCCAACAGCAGCUGUGCCAGAAGGCUUUUGCAAGGACUCAGUUGGGCGUGCCAUCCAAGUGAUUUUUUGGGCCCUAAUUUGAUUGAUGGGCAAAGUCCAGAGUCUUGAGUCUAACUGAAGAUAAUUUAAUAACUGGACAAAAUCCAUUUGCCAGUUCACCACCAUGGGCAAGACAUUGAAGCGAGAAAUCUGCUUGCUGACAGACUUUGCAAAGUAGAGCCCAUCAUGUAUAGAAGAUGUCUAUGGUGUCUUCAGAGUGUUCAUACGUGUAUAGCAGGGGUGGAAAUUAAAAUUUGAAAAUGUGAAAAUCUAUCAGCCAAUAGCAGAUUUCUGGUCAAAUUAACCAGCCACUCAAUGUUAAAAUAUGACUUUUUGUCUGAAAUCUACCCGCCACUCUCGGAUUUUACCAGCAUUUGGCUGGUGGCUGGUGCUAAUUUCCAUCCCUGGUGUAUAGGAGAUCUCUAUGGUGACUUCAGAGUGUUCAUACAUGUGCAGGAGAUCUCUAUGGUGACUUCAGAGUGUUCAUACAUGUGCAGGAGAUCUCUACGGUACCUUCAUGGUGUUCAAUAUAAAUGCUAGCAGGAGAUCUCUAUGGUACCUUCAUGGUGUUCAAUAUAAAUGCUAGCAGGAGAUCUCUAUGGUACCUUCAUGGUGUUCAAUAUAAAUGCUAGCAGGAGAUCUCUAUGGUACCUUCAUGGUGUUCAAUAUAAAUGCUAGCAGGAGAUCUCUAUGGUACCUUCAUGGUGUUCAAUAUAAAUGCUAGCAGGGGAAGGGCUGUAAAUAACAGUAUACUGUAAGUAUGAGGAGGUGCUCAUUAACAGCAAUAAAUUAUUUAUUUUCA